CGCGAGUCCCAACUGCCAUCUUCACACUGUUCAAUGAUAUCCCCCUUCAGGCUGUUCCACAGAUUUUAAGUCCGACAUAUGUCCUGAAACAAUGCCUCAAAUGCACUUCGCCCAUUCCGCUCGCAGCGGCGCCCCUUCGAUCCAUGGCAAUACGGCGCUGCCCAAUUCGUUCUCCGGCAACAACGUUUUCAUCGACCCAGUCAUUAGGACUGAGGAAAUGUCGGUCGUCAACGUCAAUUUCGCGCCGUGUGCGCGCACGCAUUGGCACACACACGAGGGCGGUCAACUGCUCACAGUCCUUGCAGGAUCAGGGUGGAUCUGUGACCAGGCGAAGGAGCCAGUGAAGCUCUCGGUUGGCGACGUUGUAUGGUGUCCACCUGGGACAACGCACUGGCAUGGAGCGGACGAUGGAAGCUACAUGGUGCACCAAGCUGUUUCUUUUGGCGGGGUUCAGUGGCAUGACGCGGUUGGGGAUGAGGAGUAUAGCAAGAAGAAAUCUGUGUAAAUCAUUCCGCGGCCUGUAGAACUCGGGCGCGCCUAGCUAGGUCAAACGUGGUGCUGUAAUGCUUUAUCU